AUGAGCAAGCUUCUACCUCUAUUAGGACUAGAAAUGUUCGGGAGGGUUCUUCUGAGGAGUGAUCUACUAAGUAUGUUGAAAGAUCAUUGCUUGGAUGAGAACUUAAACGCCGUGUUGCGGUCUGAGCCCAAGGAAAAAUCCGAGUUUGAUUUUCUCUACUUGCCUAUGGAUUUCAAGAAGUUUUGGGAAAAAGAGAGGAUCUCCAACCUGGGAUAUGCUUUCGUAAAUUUUACCUCCUCUAGUGCUGCACUCAGAUUCUAUAAGCAAUAUCACAAAUUUGAGUGGCCAGUGCCGAAAAACAAAAAGAUAUGUGAGGUUACUUGCGCCAAAACCCAGGGCAAGGAAGCUUUAACCAGGAAAUUCAAGAACAAGAUAUUUUGGUGUCACAGCAAUGAGUACUUGCCGGUGAUUUUAGCACCUCCCUGUGAUGGUGUUAAGAACUCCGGUCUUGUAAUGGUCGGAAAACUUGCCGGGCAACCAAAGAUUCUGAAGAAGAAAUGA